AAAUAAAUUGUUUCCAUUCGUCUAUUUUGGUGCUAAACGCUUAAUUAAAACGCUGAAAAUAUUUUUUUACAUCUACUUUGUUAAUAUAAUAUUAGUGCAAAAUAUCGUACAGUAAAUUGCGAUGUAAAACGUAUAAAUAUGACGCAAAUUAAGACCGAGCCAAAAGAAGAACCAACAGAAAAUGACCUGAAUAAACCAGUUUCCACUAUUGAGGACAAAUGGCUAUUGUUACCUGAGUUCUUAAAAGUAAAAGGUCUGGUGAAACAACACAUUGAUUCUUUCAACUACUUUGUGAAUGUUGAUAUAAAGAAUAUUGUCAAAGCAAACAAGAGAGUUUUAAGCGAUGCAGACCCCAACUGGUAUUUGGAGUAUUUGGACAUCCAUGUUGGUGUUCCUGACGUCGAAGAAAGUUUCAACGUAACGAGAGCAGUCACACCACACGAAUGUAGACUACGUGACAUGACAUAUUCAGCUUCUAUAACUGUUGAUAUAGAAUAUACAAGAGGACAACAAAGGAUAAUCAGGAAAGCAUUACCAAUCGGAAGAAUGCCAAUCAUGUUACGUAGUUCGAAUUGUGUUCUCACUGGUAAAAACGGGGUUGAGUUGGCGAAGAUGAACGAAUGUCCUUAUGACCCAGGAGGUUACUUUGUAUGCAAAGGUGUUGAAAAGGUGAUCCUCAUCCAAGAACAGAUGUCCAAAAACCGAAUGAUCGUUGAAAGAGAUCGAAAAGGUUUUUGUUCAUGUUCAGUGCACAGUUCAACGCACGAGAAGAAAACAAGAGUGAAUGUUUUGCAGAAAAAAGGACAUUUUUAUCUCCAGCAGAAUGCAUUGAAUGAAGAUAUGCCAAUUUGUGUGAUUUUUAAAGCGAUGGGAGUAGAAAGCGAGCAAUCAAUAAUGCAGCUGAUUGGAACGGAAGAAAAUGUGAUGUCUAUGUUUUCCCCGUCACUGGAAGAUUGCCAUAAACUUGAGGUAUUCACGCAACUGCAAGCCUCAAAAUACAUCAGCGGAAAAAUACGACGCCAGCGUCCGGUGUGGGGAGCUGCACGACAGUCGAAAACAGACGAGACUCGAGAUUGGUUAAACACUACCCUACUUGCACAUAUACCUGUUACAGAUUGGAACUACCAUGCUAAGGCAGUAUACCUCGCUCUUAUGAUACGUCGUAUAAUUCUCACUCAACUUGGUUAUUUAGAAGUGGAUGACCGCGAUUAUUAUGGGAAUAAAAGAAUGGAAUUAGCUGGUGGGCUUAUUUCUCUUCUAUUUGAGGACCUUUUCAAACGUUUUAACUCUGAGCUAAAGAAAAUCGCUGACUUGACAAUUCCAAAGCCACGUGCCGCACAGUUUGACGUGGUACGGCACAUGCGUCAGGAUUUGAUUACGACUUCUCUCGUCAUUGCCAUUUCAUCAGGCAACUGGAUAGUGAAACGAUUUAAAAUGGAAAGAAAAGGGGUGACCCAGGUCUUGACCAGGCUAUCCUAUAUAUCAGCUCUCGGAAUGAUGACGAGGAUUGCUUCUCAGUUCGAAAAAACCCGCAAAGUUAGCGGGCCGAGAUCGCUACAGCCAUCACAGUGGGGAAUGCUCUGCCCGUCAGAUACACCGGAAGGAGAAGCUUGCGGCCUGGUAAAGAACCUUGCUUUGAUGACGCACAUCACUGUAGAUGUGGAGGAAGAACCUACCGCUCGUUUACUGUUCAAUCUUGGAGUAGAAGAUGUAUAUAUGCUGUCAGGAGAAGAAAUCCACUCCCAACUCUCGUACAUCGUAUUUCUAAACGGACUAGUACUCGGUGUCGUUCGAGACCCUGUUCAUCUAGUUACCACGUUGCGUCUCAUGCGCAGACACGGAUAUCUAAAUGACUUUAUAUCAGUAUCGACGAAUCGGGCGCAUAGAACGGUUUAUGUUUCUUCUGAUGGUGGGAGGCUCUGCAGACCUUACAUCAUAGUUUCGAAGGGAAAACCCCUUGUGACAUCACACCACAUCGAAGAACUAAAACGUGGUCUUCGUUCUUUUGAGGAUUUUUUACGAUCUGGAUUAGUGGAAUACUUGGAUGUCAGCGAAGAAAAUGAUUGUUUCGUCGCGCUAGAUGAAAGCUACAUAACGCACAAGUCCACACAUCUUGAGAUAGAACCUUUCACCUUACUUGGUGUAUGUGCGGGUUUAAUACCUUAUCCGCAUCAUAACCAAUCACCUAGAAAUACUUAUCAGUGUGCUAUGGGAAAACAAGCAAUGGGAACAAUUGGAUAUAACCAGCAACAGAGAAUUGAUACGCUGAUGUACUUGCUUGUUUAUCCUCAGGCGCCAUUAGUAAAAUCGCGCACAAUAGAGCUGAUCAACUUUGAAAAGCUACCGGCUGGACAAAACGCAAUAAUUGCAGUCAUGAGUUACAGCGGGUAUGAUAUUGAAGACGCUUUGGUUCUUAAUAGAGCUUCAGUGGACAGAGGGUAUGGGCGAUGCCUUGUAUAUCGGAACCAGAAAUGCAUUUUGAAAAGAUAUGCAAACCAGACCUUUGAUAAAGUAAUGGGACCUGCUUUGAACGCGGAAACCAGGGAACCAAUAUGGAGGCACCAAGGCUUAGAUGCAGAUGGGAUAAUUAUGCCUGGGGUAAAAGUUGAAAGUAAACAGGAGACUCCUAUAUCUUAUAGAGGGCCUGUUGGUUCUACUAUUGAAAAGGUUAUGGUGUCGUCAAACAACGAGGAGUCAUCUCUCAUAAAGAUCUUAUUACGACAAACGCGAAGACCUGAACUGGGAGACAAGUUUAGCAGUAGGCAUGGGCAAAAAGGAGUGACAGGGCUUAUAGUCCAACAAGCUGACAUGCCAUUUAACCAAGACGGGAUAUGUCCGGAUGUCAUAAUGAACCCGCAUGGUUAUCCAUCAAGAAUGACUGUGGGGAAACUUAUGGAGUUACUUGGUAGCAAAGCAGGUGCAAUCGGGGGUAAAUUUCACUACGGAACAGCUUUUGGUGGAGACAAAGUUGAAGAUUUAUCUCAAGUGUUGACCGACAAUGGAUAUAAUUACGUUGGAAAAGACUGUUUAACAUCUGGAAUAACCGGGGAAUCAUUUGAGGCUUAUAUUUACCAAGGCCCAGUGUACUACCAGAAACUGAAGCAUAUGGUUCUGGAUAAAAUGCACGCAAGAGCCAGGGGCCCACGCGCUGUUCUGACCAGGCAACCAACGGAGGGUCGGUCACACGAUGGCGGGCUUCGUUUGGGUGAAAUGGAACGAGAUUGUUUGAUUGGGUACGGAGCGAGUAUGUUGUUGUUGGAACGUCUCAUGAUUUCAAGUGAUCAGUUCGAGGUUGACGUUUGUGGAAAAUGUGGAUUACUUGGCUACGACGGCUGGUGUCAGUUUUGCAAAUCCUCAAAAAAUGUCGCUACUCUAAAAAUUCCAUAUGCUUGCAAGUUACUAUUCCAAGAACUGACAUCUAUGAAUAUUAUUCCAAGACUAAAGCUGAAGCCGUAUAAUGAGUAAAAGGGGAAUACAAGUUAGAUUUGGAGUUUAGGAACUGUUUUGUCAGCCAUUUUUCGUUUUUUUUUGGUUUGAAUUAAAAGUAUAGUAGGUGGGGGUAAGAUGGAACUGUUUUCGUUCUUUUUUUUGUCCCACUUGGUAGCUCCGGUCUUAAAAAACCUGUCCCGAUUUCCAAUAAAAGUCCAAUUUUUUGUUGUUUCAUAUUUUGUGGUCAUGGUUUUGGUCACUGCCAUUUUUUUACAACUGUGUUUUUCUUACAACUUUGGUAUUUACUAAUUCAAAUUAUGUAUGUUCUGAUAUUUUGUUAAAUUUGGUGAAAAAAAUGCAAUUUCUUUUCUGUCUUUCAAAAUUGUUUAAUCAAAAACAAUCAUACUGUUCAAUAAAAUUCAGUUCAAAACGAAUACAAGAAUUUAAACGUGCAAGAAAAA